AAACACAAACAAUUUAUAUGGACUUGUGAUUUGGAUGUUCUAUAUGUACGAGCAUGAACAUUGUACUCCUACUAUUACAAUGAUGACACAGGGACUACAUGUAAGUCAUUCAUGAUAAUCACCAUCUAGUGGCCACAGCAAGUACAUGUUGUACAGGGACCUUAUCAUUAGGUAGGUACUGACUGCAACCUCAUAGCUUGUCUGUCAACAGCUAAUAAGAACAAGGAUACAAUUCAUUCUGCACUCAUGGAAUAAGAUUGGAUGACUUCAACAUGGCCAGAGUGUCUUCACAAAUGUUGCCUAUUGCAUUUGUCAUCUUAAUUGUGCUGCUUAACAACUGUCAAUCAUUUACACACCAUCCACCUCGUGAGAUGGUUGUUGAUGAGGGAGAGAAUGUAACACUGACCUGUUGGUCUGACUUUAUCAACAUUACUGAUAUCAGAGACUGUGAAUCCACAAGCACGACAAAGCUCCGUUGGCUGCGGUUUGCAAAGUGCAAUACCACAGCUGAGCGAGUUGUUAAGUGUAACACAGCACAGGGGCCUUUCAGCGGUCGCACGAUUGUUCGAUUUGAUGCAUCAAACCAGCAGUAUAGUCUUACUAUCCACAGAACCAGGCCUGAGGACAGUGGAGCAUAUUUCUGCCGACUCUACUUCUCUUCAGCAGAAGUAACAUUCAGUUCAAAUGCAGCCUCGUUAACGGUAAACCCACGUCCAUCUCAGAAUUCCACAUGUGAAAUACAUCCUACACAACCAAUGGCUGGUGCACCAGCUUCCCUUAACUGCACUUUAUCAAACAAGGAUUCGGCUAACCUCUUGGCUAGGCUUGCAAAUCUACCGGACUGUCUCUGCCAGACGAGAGGCCAGGUACUGCGUGAUACUGCAGACAGGAAGGAGUUCACUUGCGUGGCUGGUCCAGAUGUGAACAGUGGCCCUACUUCAACUGUGGCCCAGGACACUACAUGUACAUUAACCCCCUCCACAAAAUCUCCCUCGACAAAACCAACCAUCUCUAUUGCUCCCUCAUCAGUCACCAUUACUGAAGGUCAAACGGCAGUCUUCAUAUGUCAUUCUGAGGCAAUGACACUAUCGACAGUUGAUGAGUACACUUGGAGUUUGCACAAAGGUGACAGAACAGAAUUGAUGGUUGGUUUGUUGACAAAGGAGGAGCAAGCGGGUCACUUUAAACUUGGAUUGAAAGGACAAAUACUGGAAAUUUUGCAGGUGUCGGCCACUGAUCAUAACAAGUCCAUGAUAGGAUGCACGGCAGUUAUGGGCAGUGUGACUUACAGAAGCAGUCAAAAUGCUUCUUUGACCGUCAUGUCCAGCAACAGAGGGGAUUGUGCAGGCAUUAAUACAUCCAACGGGGAUUCCACUGUGGUUGCAGUGGGAGCCAGUCUGGGUGGGCUCAUCCUUGCGAUACCUGCUUUGGUUGCUGGAAUCGUCCUGCUCUCUAAGAGAAGGAACAGUCAUCUUAGACCAAGGAAUGCCAGACCAAGCGUUCAGGAAUUGCUCCGGAGAGAGCGGGUCACCAUGUCUGUGCCGAUAGCUGAGACAAACGCCACCUAUGAAAACCUUCCACAGAACGAUGCACAUCAACUCCAACCAUCGCCGAGAAGUCAAACGCUCGCCGAAGGGACUGCAGCACCCCAGGGAGACUUGUACGCAAUCCCCAACAGAAGAGGUAAAGACAUCCGCCACUUCACAAUGACACUGCAGACCAACAAAGCCACGGCUGAUCCUGGAUUCGUGAGUCUCCCUCGCAACUUGGAGCCUGUGUCCUCUUCCAGUGCCAAACAACCUGGCACGACCUACGCCUAGCUGAGCAAACCCAUCAGGAAAUAUCCAAAACCUGCCCCAGCAAAGCCCACCUCACACAGCUCUGCCUCAACCAGUGAUACCACAAGCACUACUUACCUUGGACCACAACCGGAGACAAAAGAACUGCAGUAUGCAGACUUGAACUUGGACUGUCCUCCUCAGCAGGAGAUUUCUACGACCGAUGCAAUCUACUCCAAACCCAACAAAACAGGCAAAGGUCACAACGCAGCAGCCUCUAAUCAAGACAUCUAAGUUAACAACCUUUUCUUUUUUUCACUUGGGUUUAAAUGUAACUCAUCUUAAAGUGUCAACAAAUCACAUAUCCUGCUUUGACUUACAUGUAUAACAAGUGUACCAGAAGUUUAGAGUUGGAGGUUGUCCUCUUCCUCUCCGUAAAUGUUAUGAAAGGCAGAAUAAGAUAAAACUGGAAUUUUUUUCUUUCCUUAGUUUACUUCUUCAAGUAUGUAUUUGUGGUAUUUGUAUUGAUGUACGUGUGUCUGAGCUCUACACUGACUUGAUUUCACUAUUACCAACUAUUCAGAAAAUAAAUGGUAAAGGCACACGUUAAAAAAAUCUUUAAAAUUCCAAGUACAUGUAUCAUAUCUUUCUUAUCACAAAACUGGGAUGAACAAAAAGAUUAACAUAAUAAGAGGUGACAUGCUUUGUAAAGAUGCUUUUAAAAAUGUUUCCUAUCCAUUACAUGUACCUCUAGAUGAAAUGAUUCCUUCUUUAUGACCAUUGACUUAGUUCAAAACUAGGUGUAAGAUGCAGUCAUUUGAUGAAUCGAACCCGUUACUGAAAAAGGAAUGACUGACUGAUUGGUUUGUACAUCACAGCCAACAGUCAGAGCACAUAUGUAAGUGAAACGAGAACUCCAACUGAUUUUUAGUUCAGGGUUUGGGAAGUGGUAGUUUCGGUUUCUCAAAAAAGAACAAAAAAGCCACAAUAUAAAGACGUAAGAGAAAAAAAAACCACUCUCACAACAUGAUGGAAUGUGGGAAAACCCUACAACUUACUAUUCAUUAGCAUCUUGUCACUGUACAUCAUGCUACGCAUAAACCAUAUACCAAUUAUACCCUUUUCCCACUACAAACUGCUUAACCUGGAGAUUUGCUCCCUUGAGGUCACAACUGGCAUAAUCCCUGCCAAAGUACCUUACUACAUUUCUAUGUUAAGCUUUUCCAUGAAUCCUAUGAAAAUCUACCCUUACUUUCAUCACAUCUCAGGUAAUAAACCCAGCCUACAGUCAAAUGUACAUUGUUGGCAUUUGGUAUCAUGUAACCUAUAAAAGUUGGCUACAUAAUUGGCUUAUUUCCUGUCAGGAAUGCUGAAAAUGAAGACAUAUUUGUGAUUGUGCUCAUUUAAAGCAAAGUCUAGGCAGCAUAUUCAACAGGAUGUCUUGCAAAUCUUCACACAGGCCUGUGACUAAGUGUUGUGUAGAGUGUAAAAGUUGAACAAUGCACAACACAUUGAUUAAUUUAAAUGUACGCUAGCUAGAUGUACAUUGUAAGUUUGUGAUAACUUUGUGUUUUAAACAUUUACCAAAUCCUGAAUUUUUGAACAAAUAUUACAGAUACACAGGAGUAUUUAUUUGAGUGUUUUGGGACUUGAUUCAAAUUGGAGGUAUUUGUGAUACUGUUGUGUGAAUGAAAACAUUCUGGCAAACACUAAUCAGUGUUUUUCUGUAAACUGCUGUAAAUUUCAAAGUAUGCGCCAUAAAAGUAGAACAGUAGCGGAUAUUGGUAUGUUGGAGAAUUGUACAAAUCUGAGUUUCAAUGGUCUUAGGCUUUGUCGGUUUGUCUCCUCGUCUGUGUAGUAAGCCUUUUGCGAGUUAAUUUGGAUCAAAAUCUGGUACACUGAGUUCUUAAAAUUCACAUGAACAUAA